CGUGAAAUGGCCUGCUUCGCCGACACUGAGCUGAAACCUCAGAGCUUUAAAUUAACAGUUCUCUCUGAACAUAAAAACAAACUCGAGGAGGAGGAAUCUGCUUUGCACGUCACCGACUCAAACUCUGCACCCGAUGCCACUCUACGAGUAGAAGGAGAGAGUUUUUACGUCAACCGUCAACAACUGGCCCUCCAGAGUCACUACUUCAGGGCUCUGUUUUUUGGCGGUGGCCUAGAGAGCAGCAAAAGAAAAAUUGAGAUCAAAGGUGUGAGUCUGCAGCAUUUCAGAGUUUUGAUGGAAUACAACAAGACAUCCAGCCUAUCUCUGGACAGAGAAAACGUUUUGGGGAUUCUUGAGACCGCAGACUAUUUACAACUGGAGCGAGCCAGGCUACUGUGCUGCAAGUUCCUGGAGCGUGAGCUGCACCUCAGUAACUGUCUGGGAAUGAUGGCCUUCGCGUGGCAGCGGGGCUGCACUCAGCUGUACACUGCAGCACGACAGGUGGUGCUCACACACUUCUCUGCUAUUGUCGCUGAAGAAGACUUCCUCUCCCUGUCUAAGGAAACUGUUGCAGACCUUCUUGCCUGUGAUGACCUCGUCAUCCAUAAAGAUGAUCUGGCCGUGGAGGCCACCCUAUGCUGGGUGUCUUUUGAUUCAAAACGAGAGGAACAUUUUAUGGAGCUCAUUCAGCUGCAGCAUGGUCAAUAGGCAGGUCAAUGACGAGGACCAGGGCGAGAGAGACCCUUUUUGUCCUGGGUGGACCUCACGAU